CCCGAGCCUAAGAAUCCGGUUGAUAUUUGUGAAGUUUUGGAGUGGAGGCAGAGUCUCAAACCUUUCAAGCUCCCGCUCCCAGUCGGCGAAAACGACCGUCACUGAGACACCAAGGGUUUUGAAGAGGAACUAUAAAGACCUAAGUAAGAUGUCAGGGAGGAAAGAAACAGUGUUGGACUUGGCCAAGUUUGUGGACAAAGGUGUUCAAGUCAAGCUCACUGGUGGUAGACAAGUGACAGGGACUCUGAAAGGAUAUGAUCAGUUGUUAAACCUUGUUCUAGAUGAAGCAGUUGAGUUCAUAAGAGAUUCUGAUGAUCCACUGAAGACUACUGAUCAAACCAGGCGCCUCGGCCUAAUUGUUUGUAGGGGAACUGCUGUGAUGCUUGUGUCGCCAACAGAUGGUACAGAUGAGAUUGCUAACCCCUUUAGCCAGCCAGAUGGUGCCUAAGAUGGAGCAACUUGCUUUGCACUGUUUUUAAGAAACCAUGAUAGUGGUAUUUGUGAUGUCCUAGGCCUUAAAUUUGUCAUGCUCAUUCUUAUGAUAUGACCCAAGUUCUGCUGAUGAAACACAAUAGCCGCCUCUAUCCACAUUUGCGCACUUUGUAAAAUCCCCUCGACUUUGAUUCAACCUCGGUUUAAAAUUUUUCUGUUUUGCUGCACUUGUUUACAAAAUGAUGAGCUAUGGUUCUGCCUCAUGGAAUCUGGAGUCCUUUCCUCACAGAAA